AUGACCGAGCACAAAUAAGUAAUGACCAAAACCGGAUCAAAAUUUUCGUAAUUAAUUAAAGGUUUUAUUUGUUAAAUUAUAUUUAUUUAUUACAGAUACCACCAAUGCAUAGUGUUACGAAAUUCUGAACACUUCAAAUAUCUGGCUAAAUAUUUUUAUCUUCACGAUAAAAAGUUUUAAUAAAACAUGUUCUAUACAGUAGUUGAGCUAACUACUCGUCGUUUUUUUUUAUCGUAAUACGUAAUAUUGUCGAAUUAUCAAUACAUAUUUUAAAUACAAGAUAAAUGGGAGAUUGAUUUGAUUAAAAAAAAAUGGUAGUAAAAAUGAGAAAUUUACAAGUAUCAAAAUUAAAUGUAUUAUUUGGAUAUUGGUUUAUAGAUAUGUAGUUCUCAAAUAAAAUCAUUAGUCAUGAUAACAAAAUAAAAUUUAAAUGAUUUAAAAAAUAAGAAUUAUUUGAGUGGAAAUGCUCAAUGUCCUUUGUCAUUUUUUGCUAUAUAAGCCUAAAUGUAUUAUGUAAAUAUUAGCAAUAGAAUGAAACACGACUAUUAACUCCAGAAUUGUCAGUAUACACACCGACAUAAUAUAUAGCCGUUUAAGAUUUAUCAUGAAAUGAAAAAAAAUGAUCUGCCCAAGUUAUUCAAUGGAUUUUAUAAAUCACAUAAUAUAACGAUACAUAUCUACUUGACAUUAUGUCUAUUACAAUAAUGAAUAAUAUGAUAUAUAAUAUGUGUUGUAUAUUAUAAGUUUUAAAAUGUAUUUAAUUCUAAUUUGUGACUGAUUAUACAUUUUUACGUAGGUUGUGGAUAUAAAUAUAUUAUCAAUGGCCUAUUUUAAAAUGAAGGGCAUAUGCCAUGAUAAUUAUUUUAGUAAUAAUAUUAUAAUGAAUUGAAUUUAUUGUACAUUUUAUUAAUUAUUAAAAUAAACAUUAUUAUGGCGACCGUUGACCAUAGAUGGUCAUGAUUUAACAAUAAAAAAAUAUUUUUAAGCACAACAUACGAUUUCAUCUUCACAGCUCUAAAAUUAUAAACAGUAUUUUUUUUUUCAAAAAUAAUCAACAACUUGUAUAAAUCAUCUUUUCUGUGACUGCGAAGGUUCAACGGUCCUCUAACACAAAUCGUGUUACACAAUAUUGUUCGAAGAAGAUAUCUGGAAGAAGUCUAUUAUAAAAUAAUUGCUCAAAGAUAAACAAUAUCUUGAAAUUUACAUUUUAACCGUAUGAUGGCUGAUCGCAGAAAGUUAAACAAAAAUAUAAACUAUUUAAAUCAAAAUUCUAUGAAUAACCUACUUUUACUUAUGUAUAUAAUGGUUUUGAUGUUUCCGUCGAAUAGUAGUACACUUGAAACGAUGUCAAAUAAAAUCAAUUGCUCGGAUUCAAUGACGUGCUCCAAAUGUACAAUCAAACCUAUGUGUGUAUGGUCCCUUAAACAACAAACGUGUGAAAACAAGAAUAAAUUCAACUCUUCAAGUUUAAUAGCUUCUAGAGUAGGCGAAUGUCCACAGUUUUUAGUAGUUAAAGAAUUUAAAUAUACUAAUUUCGCGAUUGAGUGUCGCUUCACUGUUAAGUUAUCGAAUGAUUUAGUAGGUUUCAAAAACUAUCUUGACAAUAAUAUAAUUAAUGUAUGUACUAAACUAACAAUAUGUCACCAAAUGAGGUCAACGACUAACAACGAAAUGAUGAUAUUAUCAAAUUUAUUUUACUUAAACAGUACAUACUUAACGGGUCCAUCUAAAACUAUUUUUAUUUUUAUUAAGUUCAAUGACAUCAUACUGCGGUUUGACAACGUAGCCGAUAAUUUUAUUACGUUUUAUAGACAGGAAGAAUGUUCUACCGAUGAUACAACAUCCUGUGCGACUUGUGCAUGGAAUAACGACGGAUAUUCAAACUACUUUAAAUGGUGUUCGUUUAAAAACGCCUGCAAGAUUCAAAAUGAAACGUAUCUGAAAAAUAACGGUAACAAAUCUGUACACGAAAAUAUUACGUAUGUGACGAAUGAUUGUUCCGAAAUAAACGUGACGUCGGUCGAUCCGUUGUCUGCGCCAAAAACCGGUGGUACGAUCGUAACAAUCAUCGUUAGGAACCACAGAAUAUUCGCAGAAAACCGAACUAUAACUGUGACGGUGGCAGGAACGGUUUGCUCGAACCUCAGAACAUCCGGAUCCGAGACUAUAACUUGCACCACGUCACAGCCAAACGAAACACCAUCCGGUCCAGUCCUGGUCGAGUACUCGUCGCCGGCCGGUGGUGUAUUGAAAAUCGAGUCGUCCCAGAUAUUCCAGUUUUAUAAUGUUAGUUCUACCUGCGGCACGCCCAGUCCCGUAUUGGACGCUGACCAACAACUCGGAGGCGUAGCGUCUGGUGGCACCUCCGUGUCGAUCCAUGGCGAUCAUUUCGUUGAACCUUGCCUUGUGUCCUCCGCUCGAUUGUACGUCGACCUGUCCAACGGCGUUAGGCGACACGCAGACAGUUAUUGCGAUCCACCGAUCAACGACACGUACAUGGUCUGCCGAUCGCCAAAAGUGAACGGAAUUGGCUGGAACGGGGACGCGUCGGCUGUGGGACAGCUACUAGACUUUGGACUGGAUAUCACAUUUAGCGAGGACGACUUGUCCGGCGUGAAUCAGUCGCAGCUCGUCGCUGUUCGUAGCCCAAUGCUCAAAUAUUACGUGCACCCCGAUCCGUUUCUGGUGGACUUCGAAGUAGACGGAAACGGUUCAGUAGUCGUCAACGGCCUCCAUUUACAGUAUGUCCUACCCGGAGACAUAGUGAUACGGCCCGUGGAUUCGCCGUCCGUUCGUUGCAUAGUCUACUUGGCCACGCGACAUAGUUUGACGUGCCAGCCUACUACUACUGUCACUGCGUUACAAGCGAUCUCCGUCACAUUCGGCAAUUCGUUGGUGCACUCAGUGAUCAGAAGAACAUCGCCUUCCGCUGACGAUCCGUUCAAACUUCCCGACUGGUUUCGCGCGAUCGUCGCCAUUUCCGUAGGGCUGACAUUUGUCUUUGCCUUGGUUUGUUGCCUAAGAACGAAACAUCGUUAUGACGUAACGAAAAAUAUUCGUAAUCCGUCUGAAGAUGCGUCAAGAUCGCAAGACCUAUAUGUACACACGGCUAUGUAAUGCUAAGUUUUAAUAUAUACACAUAGAUUACACUAAGAACCGAAUUUUUUUUUACACACCAUAAUAUUAUAUAAUUAUAUAUUAUAUGCAUACGUAUAUAGGCGUGCUAUUAGUCAUUAGUGGACCUCAAAGAUUUUUUACAAAAUUAGUGGUCCGCAUAACUAAAAAGGUUGGGAACCGUUGCUAUAGAGCACUAUUAUAAUUUAUAGCUGGCAUAUAACGAGAUUAGCUGAGAACAAUUCUAAAAAUCCACAAAUAACCUUUUUAAAUCACCUCAUUUAAAUAUUUGUCAAACUUUAAUACAAUUACAUUUUAAUGCUUGGUUAAAAAAAUUAAAAAUUUAUAACUUGUACAGAUUCCUCAUAA